UUGUAAGUUUUUUUUUUAAUGUUUAUUUAUUUUUGAGACAGAAACAGAGCAUGAAUGGGGGAGGGUCAGAGAGAGAGGGAGACACAGAAUCCGAAGCAGGCCCCAGACUCCAAGCUGUCAGCACAGAGCCUGACGCGGGGCUCGAACUCACAGACUAUGAGAUCAUGACCGGAUGAAGUCGGACGCUUAACUGACUGAGCCACCCAGGCACCCCUAAAAAAAUUUUUUUUAAAGAACUUCUAUAACUACAUGUUGGUACAUUUUGACCACCUUCACCCAUUUCCCCCCAGCCUGGACGUUGGUCGUUAAAAUGUUGUUUGGACUAGAUGUCCUUUUAAGAUGCUUUCCAAGUCUGGGGAUUUCUGUUUCUCAAUGAUGAUGUUUUGGACUCUUCCAAUUGUUUUCAUGUUAAUAAGAAAAUGCAAUCACAGGGCGCCUGGGUGGCUCAGUCAGUUAAGCGUCCAACUCUCGGUUUCAGCUCAGGUCAUGAUCUCAUGGUUUGUGGGUUUGAGCCCCGUGUCAGUGUCUGCACUAACAGUGCGGAGCCUGCUUGGAGUUCUCUCUACCUCUCCCUGCCCCUCCCCUGCUCACAUGUGUGCUCAUGCGCUCUCUCUCUCUCUCUCUCUCUCUCUCUCUCAUAAAUAAAUAAACUUUAAAAGAAAAAAAUUGACAGGUGUUAAAUGACAAAGAUGCCUAGUACUAUGAUUUCUGCAACCUUUUCUGUUCUAAACCCUCUGGCUGAGUAGUUCUGUUCUUUCUCUGAGCUCUGCCACUUCUGACCCUCCUUUUCCUGUGGGGAGCGCCUUGCAGAGCUGUUGCCUCCACUGGGUCCAGCUGUCAGCCAGAGGACCCGCAGUCUUGGCCAACCUGCUCAGGCUGCAGGAGAAGGCUCCUCUGGGGGGGCACCCGGCUGUGUCAGUUGGAAGAGUGUGCAUCUCUUGAUCUCGGGGUGGUGAAUUUGAGCCCCACGGUGGGUGUACAGAUUACUUAAAUACAUAAAGAAAAAAAAAAGAAGCUCCUGUGCAAUUUUUUGGUGACUCCUUUUCCCCGGCAUCACAGGUACGAUACAGUGAGACUGUAUAGACCAUGGCCGUGUGCGUGAGAGUCGUUGUUACCCUGUUUGAUUCUCUUCCCGUAGGAAUCAACUCCUAAAAGUUUAGAAUUGAACUUUGACAUGUCUAAUAUCAAGCUUUAUUUUUUAUUCAAGGCUAUUUCUGAUGCUUGGAAGCUACCCUUUCAACCACAAAGAUGGUCAUAAAUCUUUGCCUCCCACAGUUCAGACCAAGAAUUUACUGCAACAAGAUAUCAGCUGAUGGUUAUGAAGUAGAAAAUCUCAUCUCUGAAGACCUGACAAAGAGAAGUCAUGGUUUUAGGACAGAGUAUUUCAUUAAGCCACCGGUCUACGUGAUAGUUUCCUUUCCCUUCAGUGUGGAAAUCUGUAGGAUUAACAUAGACCUCACAGCUGGGGGAGGCCAGAAUGUCACCGGCCUGGAAAUGUACACAUCUGCCUUAUCCAGCAGAGCAUCUUGGAAUGCCCCCGAGUGUCGGACCCCGGGCCCCGCCGAGCCGUCCAUCCCAGACAAGGAGGCGUUCACCUUAGUAGGCAAAGUCUUAUUGAAAAACCAGAGCCAAGUGGUGUUUAGUCACAGGGGCUUCAAGGCCAGGCCACCUUUUGGCCCAAUGGACGCCACACUCCCCUCUCCUGCUGUUGUGGCACAGGAGCUCUGGAAUAAAGGGACUCUUUCCCUUAGCCACGUGGUCCAUCUCAAGAUCUGUAUCACCCACGUGACAGGCAGCGGUAUCCCUUGCAUCAAACGAUUGGAAGUGUGGGGUCAGCCAGCUAAAACCUGCUCUCAGGAGGUGAUAGACAGUGUCCUGCUGGUUGCCUCAGAGAGCCUCCCUCAGGACUUGACUCUGCAGGCCCCAGCCUUGCCCAUGGAGAGUGACUGUGAUCCCGGAAGCCUGUCUGAGGGCCAGCAGGCCCCCUCCAGCCUGCAGGAGCUAGCCGAGGUGAUUCAGGAUGUGCCUGAGGAGUUCCUGGAUCCCAUCACCCUGGAGAUCAUGCCUUGCCCCAUGCUGCUGCCUUCAGGCAAGGUCAUCGACCAGAGCACGCUGGAAAAGUGUAACCGCAGCGAAGCCGCCUGGGGCCGAGUGCCCAGUGACCCUUUCACGGGGGUAGCCUUUACUCCACACUCCCAGCCCCUGCCUCACCCCUCCCUGAAGGCCCGGAUCGACCAUUUCCUGCUCCAGCACUCCAUUCCGGGCUGCCAUCUGCUUGGGAGAGCACAGACUGCAUUGGCAGUGACACCUUCUUCCAUUGCUCUGCCCUCUCGGAAAAGGAAGAUGGAGCAGACUGAACAUGCCCCGGACAGUAGCCUUGGGGUAAACGCUUCCUGUUUUUCUACCACAAGCCUUCUGGUCUCACCCACUACCUCAGAGCACACCGCUAAGAAAAUGAAAGCUGCCAGUGAACUUGGGCUGACACAUAUGGACUGCUCAACAGGUCCCGUGUCCCACGAGCAGAAGCUGUCACAGAGCUUGGAAGUUGCCUUGACAUCGACUCUUGGCUCCAUGCCCUCCUUCACGGCUCGGCUGACCCGGGGACAGCUCCAACAGCUCGGCACAAGAGAGAGCAGCGCCUCCUGGAGGCCAGGCGCCGCCUCGGAGCAGCCUGGGAGCAUCCCGGGGCCCGAAUGUGCCUCCUGCAAAAGAGCGUUUUCUCCCUACUUCAAAAAGGAGCCUGUGUACCAGCUCCCCUGUGGCCACCUCCUAUGCCGGCCCUGCCUGGGUGAGAAGCAGCGCUCCCUGCCCAUGACGUGCACAGCCUGCCAGAGGCCAUUUGCCAGCCAGGACGUGCUGCGUGUCCACUUCUGAGUGACCGGCUCCAACCUGAGAAGACCUGUCGAUGGGAGGAGCUGAGGGAGUGUGUGUGUGGGGUUGGGGGGCACGAUCCCCUGAAGUCAGGCCAAAUCCCAAGCACAGAGGGGCCCUUUCUUCCCCAGGGGCUUUCCCUUUGCCUCCUUCCAGAGUGUAGCACCCGGGCCAGAGCACAGGGGAGGGGCGCUCCACUCCUGCUCAAGUGGCAAUAGGGUAACAAAGCCAUAGUUUGGGCUAGGAGGGAUAGGGGAUGUAUCCCUGCCCUCCUGUGCCUCCCUGCCACCCCCCUGCCAGAGCCCAGGGCCUGUUAGAGCCAGCCCCACCCUGCCAAGGGCCCCCCGAGUUGUCUGCACACACACCCCAGCCCUGCAGGAUGGACCCGAGUGGAGCAUGAGAGACCAUGGCUUGAGAGCUCAAGGACAGCCUCCGCCCGUGGGGUCACCUAGAGUGUUCCGUGGCUGGAGUCUGCGGUGAGUGACUCAGCCCCCGACUGGCAGAUGACUCUGAGCCUUAAUAAAGCGAUGGUUGACGUCUG